AUGCGUAUACAUAGAAUAAACUCUUCCCAGUGCUAUGUGUUCGAUGUUCUUGAUGUGAAGUACAACUCUUACACCCAAUCGGAGUUGAAAGAUGUGGGACUUGACUCGAUUUUGAGAAUAUAUGAAAUUGACUGGACGCAACUCCCGACCACAUUCAGACUAAGUCCUCAUCUCAGCGUCGACAGCACUCUAGGUAGAAACGUUUCUACUGAGUUACCUCAGCAAGUUUAUUUUGGCCCCGACCGUGACCAUCAGCUGCCGGAUGAAGAUGAGGGAUCAUGCACUAAUGAACCAAUCGAAGUAAUCGAUCAAUCGUGUUCUAGUGAGGAGGUACCAGGCCCCAGUACUGCAGAUAAGGAUCUUGACUUUAACAAGUCAUUUAGCAUCUUAAGUGACCUCAAGACUCAAAUGUUCAGGAUUCCUGCAUCUAAAAGGGGAGAACUCCUCAAACUUAUGGAAGACACUGUUAGAGACCAGCUUAUACCCUCGGUUCGGAAGCUAGGAGAAAAUGCCCAAAUCCGCCGAGACGAUUUUGCAGCCACUUUACCAAAGCCAACGAAGAAAAAGCGGAAACUAUUUCCGAAAUACACUGGUCAACACAGCGAUAGUGAUUUCGAGUAAAAAUUUAUGACCAUUCUGCCUUUAUAAUUAAUAUUAUAUCCAUGAUGCACUGUUAUAUUGAGCACAAAAAAUAUCUUUAAUUUUGAAACUUUAGGAUUUGCGAUUCCGCUUUUUCCUCGUUUGAUUCGGUAAAGAGAACAGAGAAGACAGAGAAUUAACAUUUUGUUGUUUACUAUCGGAUACGUGUUUGGCGCUCAGAAUUAAAUUGACUAUAUAAUUCGGCCGGUUUUGAUGAGCGAGUUCAUGCUUCUGCCACGU